AUGGCAGCGCGCCUACGCACGGGCAUCACACAAUUAAUCGUUGAGUUCAAAUUAAGGACACAGCGUCGUAAGAAUGAUCCGGUCUAUAUUAAGGACACGAUUCCUUUCAACAAAACAGUUCUCCGAACACGGGAGAAACAGUUCUACCUAGGAAUCCAGCGGAUCAUGUUGUGCUUAGCCUUGAUGCUUGGCCUUUUCACUGCUGGUCGCAAAACUGCUAUUCUUCGACUACAGUACAAGCAUCUUCGUCUCAGCCUGCAGCGUAACCCUCAUGGAGGCCCACCUGUACUUUCAAUUGACAUCGAGCCAGAGUAUAUUAAGGAACUCCUUGGGACCAAAGCAUUAAAUACUUUCUCUUUUCCGGAAAUCAUCUAUGGUGUUUCACUCGUCUCCAGUCCCUAUGUGUCUAUUAUGGGUCUACUGCUCCAUGCCAAUGCAUUUAAAGCUAACAUUAAGUCAAUAGAUGAUUUGCGUCGACUGUUUGUGAUGCAUGGCUGCCAACAGCUAGAGUUACCAUUGAAGAAAGAAAUGGACGACUAUUACUUAUUUUGUAAAGUGGAAGAGACUGAUGGUGAGCCACGUGUUAUACGUGAUCAACCCAUGACUGAUGGUGUUUUCUACGGAGCCAUCAAAUCUAUCUCAUUCAUCAUGGGUCUCUUAAAUGUCUUCUUUUAUCAUCAAUUUCGAUAUCGUAUGAAGAAAUUGCUAGACAAAACUGGGUGGGUUAGCGACUCUGAGUGUAACCUCAUCAUGAACCAUGCGGACACUUCAACCUUUCUCAAACAUUAUCGCACACGAAAUCAUACUCAGAUGCAACAAGUGGUCUUCGGUUUAGAGGCAGAUCAGCGUUGGGAUCGGGCUCUGAAUAGCUUCAAUCGAAAUAAAGAUAAACGCUGCCCGCGGUUUCUGGACGACACAGAAAAGGCUUUCGUGGAGAGUGAACUAGAGUUGCAAGAGGUCAUCCGUGAGCUAGAACUUUUGCAGGAUAACUAUGAGCAGAAUCCAGUCACCGAGCUUGCCUCAGAGCUCGCUCAAGCACAGAGCCGGGUUCUCAAUACUCGUAAGAGACUCAGAUACAAGCUUUUAGCUCAGAUUCGGCGCGAGUUUGGACCGAAACAAGCAGUUAUCGGCAUUAAUGAGCAGCUCGACGGCACAAUCUUACAGGAAGAUGAUGCGGCUGAAGAAGAUCUGCUGGACGAUGACAUGCCUCUUCAGCAAGUCAGACUUGUGGAAGGGCUGACGACUGUUCCGACCGUAUGGACACUUGAAGGAGAAUGGCAGCGUCGCAAUGUGGGCGUAGAAGUCAUUGUAUUGUACUGUGAUUUCCAGGAAGGCGGGCCCUUUCGGGGCCGACAGAAGCGAAAGCGAAAUGCGAGUAAUAACGAUACGCAUAAGAAAGCGGUAAAAAGGUCCAACAAUGUAGAUAAUGACAAGUUGUCUAUUGCGAAGAAAAAACAUGAGCAGGAUCAGAAGCACAUCAAAACCGCUGAAACCCUUAAUUUGCUUUCAAUGCGGCAAGAAGUUCUCUUAGCAUCAGAGUCUUCUCAGACAUUUUCGGCCCAAGCAUUUGAAGGAUCAAAUUUGUAACUUCUGCCCUGAUGG